AUGCACAUUUCUGCACGGAGACAUGCCCUGACCAAGUUCUCCAUGCCUGCCAUGAGUCCCACAAUGACCGAGGGCGGUAUCGCCUCCUGGAAAAAGGCGGAGGGUGAAACAUUUGCCGCCGGUGAUGUGCUGCUCGAGAUUGAAACGGACAAGGCUACCAUCGACGUAGAGGCCCAGGAGGACGGUAUUCUUGCCAAGAUUAUCGCCCCGGAUGGUUCAAAAAAUGUCGCUGUCGGCUCGCCCAUUGCUAUUAUGGCUGAAGAAGGCGACGACCUGUCAGGUGCGACUCAAUUGGCUUCCGAGCCUUCGGCCGCACCUCCUUCCCCACCUAAGAUGGAAAGCACGCCUGAGCCCCCCAAAGCUGAGGAGGCUCCCAAGCUUACUCCAUCCCAGGCCAAGCCUGAGCUUGCCAAAGGCGAACGGAUAUUCGCAUCCCCCAUUGCAAAAAAGAUCGCUUUGGAACGCGGCAUCCCAUUGGCCCAAGUCAAGGGCACUGGUCCUGAGGGACGCAUCAUCCGAGAGGACAUCGAGAAGUACCAACCACCCGCGACAGCAGCCUCAGCGGUCGCUGCCACUUCUUCAGCACCUGCUGCUUCCCUUCCAGAAUACACAGACACCCCAGUUACAAAUAUGCGACGCGUCAUUGGCUCACGUCUCACCCAGUCCAAGCAAGAGCUGCCACAUUACUAUCUUACCGUCCAGAUCAACAUGGACAAGACGAUAAAACUCCGGGAGGUCUUCAACAAAACACUUGGCGACAAAGACAAAGCUGCUAAGCUCAGCGUCAACGAUUUCAUACUCAAGGCCGUUGCAUGUGCAUUGAAUGACGUACCCGAGGCUAACUCGGCAUGGCUCGGAGAGGUCAUCCGACAGUACAAGAAGGCUGAUAUCUCAGUUGCUGUCGCAACUCCCACUGGCCUGAUUACACCUAUUGUGAAGGAUGUCGGUUCUAAAGGAUUGGCAACCAUCUCUAGUGAAGCGAAAGCUCUCGCCAAAAAGGCUCGGGAUGGCAAGCUCGCUCCUCAAGAAUAUCAGGGUGGCACGUUCACGGUGUCCAACCUUGGCAUGUACGAUAUCGAACACUUUACUGCUAUCAUCAACCCUCCCCAAUCGUGCAUCCUUGCCGUUGGCACCACGAAGCCAACAAUCGUCCCAGCUCCUGAGGAGGAGCGUGGUUUCAAGACUGUGAACAUGAUGAAAGUGACACUGAGCUCGGACCACCGGACAGUCGAUGGUGCUGUGGGCGCUCGCUGGAUGACUGCGUUCAAAGGUUACCUUGAGAACCCACUCACAUUCAUGCUUUAA